GGCUGUUGCCUUUUAGAAUCUGGUUUUGUAGAAGCCAGGUCACAAUGUUGAGAUUUAAUGCAGGCACUUUAGCUCUGGGAAAGCAUAACAAAGGCACUGAAAUGUGGGGGAAACGGGAUGAAUCACCAAAUGAAGAGGAGAGGACCAGUUUUCUCAACCGGCUCCUCCUGGAUAGAGUCCUUCAUGGCGCAGAGGAUACUAAAUCCCUCCUCCACAGGCUGAUCUUUCUGGCUAAGAUCUCGCCAGACCUGGCCGAUAAAAGGUAUUUGGCCGAGUACUGGGAGCAACUGUUUCUGAAUUUGCAACGCCAGUAUUGUCAGGGAGUAGGGGUCACUGGCCUCUUGCUUCUCUACCCUACCUACAUUAUACACAUACUAGAGUCAUCCAGUGAUGUGCUCUACUCUGUCCUACGGGAUCUGAGGGACAUUGAACAGCAGAAGAGAGUGCUAGUCCUGGAUGCCAAGAUCCUGGUAAUGUCCCACAAUCUCCCUGCUCGACUCUUCCCACAGUGGAGCUAUAAAGUGUUGAAUCUACCAGAGAGAUACCUGAACUACGAGACUUCUCAUGAGGAGCCGGUGGAGGCUACCAUCUCUGAAUGCCUCACUGCACUCCUGAAACUGGGCAAACAUCUACUAAGGUAUCCCAAGAGCCCUAAGAAUUUACCAGAUCAUUUCUUGGAAAAAGUCCCAGAGUUCAUUGUUUCCCAGGACACCAUUGGUUUCCUCCUGGAGUGUCAAGAGUUAUUGAGACCAGCUCAGUUCCUGAAUUUAUUUGAGUUUCCUCUGAAUAUCCAGAUGGACUCAGACAGCAUGCAUUCUUUGUCAGAUCGGUUAAAACUCCAUCUUGAUUGGGCUGCUCUGAAGGAGGCUUUGAGGGAAAAAAAGUCUUUCUGAUGUCUGGAACAUAGUAUU